AUGAGGUUUCAUGCAGCUACCGCGGCCUUUGGCUGCUUCUUCUUGACGCUGACCCUGCUUCACCCGACCUUGGCUGAUGAAUCUGAUCUGGAUGCCUGCAGGUCUUGCAAGGACAAGAUCCCUCCUGCCCAAGGCUGUAUCGAAACAUGUGAUAGUACUUGCUUGACCGAGAACGAUGACCCUGAAGAUAUCAUUGAAUGUUGCCAGCUCAACGCCACUUGUGUUUCCAUUUUGGAAGAUGCCGGUGACUGUUUUGACGAUUGCCUUGACGAUUGUGUCACGGAAACUGUUGCUGAGUAUGGUGUCUGUCUUACCAUCAAUAACGGGCAGGACGGGUGCAAUGCUACCGCUUGUAAUGUAGCCAGGGACGAAGCUGAAGCCUCUGGAGGACCCAUUGACGAAGAACAACUAAAUUCGGAGCUCGACGGCCUGCAGGAUCAAAUUGACCAAGUUGAAUCUGACAUUGACAAUCUUGAAGAUCAAAUUGAAGACAAAGAGGAGGAAAUUGAGGACAACGAAGACCAGGUUGAAGACCUUGAGGAAGACAUUGAAGACCUUGAGGAUGAGCAAGACCAGCGAGAAGAGGAUGAAGAAGAAGAAGAGGAGGACGAAGAUGAGGAUGAGGACGAAGACGAGGAUGAAGACAGGCCCGAGAGGCCCGACGAGAGACCUAACAGGGAUGAGGAGGAGGAGGAAGAGGAAGAGGAAGAGGAGGAAGAAGAACGCCCCGAACGCCCGUCUGGUGGUGGCGGCGGCGGCGGCGGUGGCAGGCCUCGUGGUAGACAAGGCGAUGGGGGACGAAAGUUGGUGGCAGGACAAAAGGUUCAGAAACGCACAACCGUGGAAAACAAAGAAGGUUUGGUAGAAGGUCAAAAUAAAGUGCAGAGAAGAUUGGAUGACCUUGAGGAUGAAAUUGAAGACAAGGAAGACGAGAUUGACGAAAUCGACGAGGAAACUGAAGACUUAGAGGAGGAUAUUGAGGACCUUGAGGAUGAAAUUGACGAAAAAGAGGACGAACUUGAUGCAGAAUUCCUGUCAAAAUGCGAGAACGCACAGGUCCAAUUUGACGGUGUCUGUGCACAGGGAAGCGAGUGCUGUGGUACAUGCAAUGAAGAACUGGAAGACAUCAUGAAUUGCAUUGUCAACGAUGUCAUUCGCCCGUUGAUUGAAGAUGAAUUGGACUACGACAUUGGUGAGGAUUGUGACAUCGAUUGUGAGGUACCUGAUCGAUCCAUGAUCAGAUCCCUGAUGAAAUACAUCCUCGGAGGCAAGCGAUCUCGCGCCAAAAGCACUCCAAAGCUGCGUCGUCUUGAACAAGACACUGAAGAAGAAGUGGAUCCAGCCAUUCAAGCAUGCAAAGAUCAAUUGUCCUUCGCUUUGUCCACUGGAAACUUCCAGGGCGGAAUGGAAGACUAUUUGAAUUGUGUCACCGCAGCUUCAACAGAAUCCGCAAUUGCUGACGAGACAUCUGGUGAUGGCGCGAUGGAUCUCGAGGAUUCACCCGAUGCACCUAUGAUGGUCGAAGAGACGUCUCCAGAUCCUUAA